AUGUCGUCCUCUAACUCUUCUGCUGCUGUUGCUGGUGAUGAAGUACAUGGUGGGUCAACUGGUGCCGAAAUAGGGGAUGGAGGAUUUUUCUCUAGAAUUUUCAAGCAUAUUGAUUAUUGCAUGCAUAGAGUCAAUCUAUUACGCAACCAUAAUGCCAAUUCUAUUCUUGGAUUUGAUGGGGCUCCUUGCAGAAGAAGAUUGAUGAAGAAACCAAAUGUGCCAGGUAGUUAUUUGGCGAGGAAAGAAAAUCUUGAAUGGGCACUUAAGCAUGAGGCUGUUGAAAAUUCUUUUGCUGCUCAUGAGUGCUUUCAAAAGGCUCCUGAUAUCUCACCAUCAAUUGCUUGGGAGCUAAUCCAGGUUUUGAAGAAGGAAAACAUUGAUUAUGUUGUGGCACCAUAUGAGGUUUAUGCGGAAAUGGCAUUUUUGUCCAUUAAUAAGCUUGUUGAUGCAGUCAUUACUGAGGGCUCAGACUUAAUACCUUUUGGGUGCCAUAGAGAAUCAAACGUAUAA